UCAGCAGCUUACAUGUGGCGAGAUCUACGCACGCCCCACUUUUCUCAAUAGCGAUUCCUUCUUUGAAUUCGUCAUCCAAGGACACCCUUCAUCCAAGGAAAAAUUGCCACUUUGUGUCUUCGUUGUCAUUGACCAUUGACAAUUUCCACAUCUGAUGUCACUGGUGGAUUAGUUGUGCUUUUCACUUGGGUUUGGCACUAACUCCAUCUCCCGAAAAUCUGAUCUGAAGAUCUCAUUUCCCUCGUCGUCUUCAAUCCGAAGUGAGCAUGUCGAUCUUGAGCAGAAGCGAUCCCCACAUGGGCAACCCAUUGUUCCACGAAUUCAAGAAGCAAGCUUCCUUCUUUCUGAAGGAGAAGAUCAAGACCGCCAGAUUGGUCCUCACGGAUGUCACGCCCGCACAGCUGUUGACCGAGGACGCGAUCAAUGGAAAUUCAUGGAGUUCACCGGACACAAGAACGCUGGGUAGGAUCUCAAAGGCAGCUUUUGAAGUCGAUGAUUACUGGAGGAUUGUGGAUAUAUUGCACGACAGGUUGUCCGGAUUUGACAAGAAGAACUGGAGGAUCUCCUACAACUCUCUGAUUGUGCUCGAGCACUUAUUGACCCAUGGACCAGAAAGCGUGGCAGAGGAAUUCCAGAGCGAUAAAGACGUCAUCGCGCAGGCCGGGAGCUUCCAAUACAUUGAUGAAAAGGGAUUCAACUGGGGUCUAGCUGUCCGAAAGAAAUCAGAGAGAGUACUCAAGUUCCUAGAGAAAGGGCCUCUUCUCAAGGAGGAGAGGGAGCGAGCUCGGAAACUGACCCGGGGGAUCCAAGGAUUCGGAAGUUUCUGCCAGCGGACUUGCUCGACGCAGAGCACCCCAGAAGAUUUUUCAUUUAAACCCUAUGGAAGAUGCAAUUCUCAGCCUGAAGACCAGGAAAACGAGGCCCCAGAGGGAGAGCUGACAAAGAAUGCUGGAGCUUCAGAGCAAGACACUGACAAUGGGAGAGUAUUUCCUCGUUCUGCCAAAGCAAUGGAGAAUUCGAGUGGCGAUGAUGCUUCGCUCGAGAUUUACUGCUCCGGGACGAGUUUCAAAGAGAACAUGGAGCCGAGCAAGGAAGCGAAUGCGGUGCAGAAACACAAAUGGAGCUGCAUUAAGGAGUCCAGACCACUUCUGGAUGGUAAAGGUGAUGAUUUCUGCAAUGCGGUUGAUGCAGAGGGUGGUGAUCACCCUUUCAAUCACGCCGAGCAUGAGUGCGCAGACUCCCUUAUUCCUGUGGGAAACUGAAUUGGGCAGGGAAAGCUACUGAGAUUUUGAGGUAAUAGGCACCGUAGUUUCGUGCCUGCAAUGUCAACUAAAUGAAGUGGGUGAAGGUCGUGCAUUUCUUGUCAUCUUGGCUCGAUGUCACCGCUAGUGUAAGCUUGUUCUGCUUUUGAUAAUGUAAGAAAACCAGCUGCCGCGACUUCAACAGCAUCCCUGAUGAUAUUUCUUCCAUA